AUUCUAAGUACAACAUAUUGCCAUUGUUUGUUCAUUCUAAGUACAACAUAUUGCCAUUGUUUGUUCAUUCUAAGUACAAUAUAUUGUCAUUGUUUGUUCAUUCUAAGUACAAUAUAUUGUCAUUGUUUGUUCAUUCUAAGUCCAAUAUAUUGUCAUUGUUUGUUCAUUCUAUGUACAAUAUAUUGUCAUUGUUUGUUCAUUCUAAGUACAAUAUAUUGUCAUUGUUUGUUCAUUCUAAGUCCAAUAUAUUGUCAUUGUUUGUUCAUUCUAUGUACAAUAUAUUGUCAUUGUUUGUUCAUUCUAAGUACAAUAUAUUGUCAUUGUUUGUUCAUUUUAAGUCCAAUAUAUUGUCAUUGU